AUGCAGGAUGUGUGUGGUGAUGGUGGUGUUGGUGUGGAUUUCAAGCCACCGCCGUGCAUGGUGACCUUUCUAAAUGGCCUGCCUGCCCUUUGUUCCUCGGAGAUUAGUCCCAAGGUAGGGCAGAAACGUCGCCAGGAAACUCCACACCUCGACCAGCUUGCCAAACAGUUGAGCCGCUCGUCAUUUUCGAUAGGGCGGGCACUACCUACCCCUCGCAUUGCCUUAUAUUUUUUCUUUUUUAGUCAAGAUGAUCGGCCUUACUUUUUUAAGAAGAGGUCGAGUACCUUCCAGAAGCGAACAAGCCAGGAUUUCCCUUCUUGUUACCUCUCAGAUCCCCUUCUCGUAGAAGAAAAUGGGAACGGUAUGCUGCGACUCGGACGACAAUAUGCUCACAGGGCUGGUGGUGGCUCUGGUCGUUGCCAUGGUGCUCUUUCUCAUCUGUCAGCCCCCUCCCGUAAGGAGAGUUAGAGUUUAUCAUUGCUCUUGAAUUUGAGCCUGUUUGGUGUUUUGAGGUCUCAAUUCUAGCAUUGUAAAUGCUAUGCAUAUGGGGCAUCAAACCCUUUUUCGUUUGAGCGUUGGCUCUAUCUUUUCUUUGUUCUAGCAAUGAUUGUUUUUUAUAUCAUUGUCGUCUAUAUGGUUGGUUGACAAUGCAAUUGGUUACGAAUAUGGUUUUUUUUUAUCCAAUCCUGUCGUGAAGAUUUGAAACCUUUUCCAAUGAAUUGAGUAGCGACUAGAGAU